AUGCGUCUUAUACCCUCCUCCACACACGGGCUGCGCGAUACCCUUCUCCUGGACGAAUCAGACGGGCGUCCGUUGUAUACCAUCUCCACGUCUCGCUUCGGGGGUACGACCACUAUUGAGCGGACGAAGGGCGACGAGAUCGACCAUGGGGAGAGUGUGGCGACGAUUGACUUCAAUCUUGUGAGGAGCGAUAGGAUCACGUUGAAGGAUGUGGAUAGGAAGAGGGACCUCGAGAUGAAGGUCGGGAGCGAGUAUCUGGUCAAACCGUCGGGCGCUUCUGAUUUCACGCGACAGCGGAAUUUCUGCACGUCGUCAGGGCAAGCGUACGAAUGGAGGCCAGAUGAGGACGAUUGGCAGCUGUGUUUACCCGGUGACGGUCCAGCGGUUGCACGCUGGUCCGUCCCAAGGAAGGAUUGGAGCACGGGCGAAACGAAGCCAGCAGGUCUGGAGAUCGCCGACAGUGUACAGGUGUUGGAGGACCUGGACGAGAUAGUCACGACGUUCGUAUACGUGCAGUUGAGGCAGGAGAAGGAUAUGAAAUCCUCGGCGACUGUGCAGAAUAUGGGACCGAGCAGUGGGAUAUCAGCCACUGGAGUGGCGUCCGUGGGCGGUGGCGCGAUGGACGGAGGAUGGGGACCAACCUGA